AAAAAGUUCAAGGGUAGAAAUAUAAGUGAUAUACAUUCAGCCAGUACUUAAAAUAGCCAUGGCAGGCGAUGGACAUUAGAUUGCUUAGGAUUGGAUACACAUCUUGCAUCUCUUGGGGAGCAGAAAGAGCUGUAACUGUAGCAAUCUUCUCUGUCUUGAAUGGUGACAGAUCCUGCCUUAAGGCAGAAGGUUCCACAAGUUGGCUUCUCCAGGGCCCUUCUAGACAUGCAAUUCUCUGAGCCGCUUUCUGUUGCUGGCCUUUAGAUGCUCAGACUGAACUAGACACGGCCAAGCAUGUGCCCUUUCAGGCACUCCAGCAGUGCCAUCAGCAGCAAGGAGAGCAUCUAUUCCGACUGAAGACUUCACUCAAAGGCGGCGGCGCGGCGGGGCUUCCAGCUCGGCCAGCGGCUGCAGCGGCGCCGGCUUCCGGAGUCCCGCCGCGAAGAUGCUCAAAGUCACCGUGCCCUCCUGCUCCUCCUCGUCCUGCUCUUCGGUCACCGCCAGUGCAGCCCCGGGGGCCGGGAGCCUCGUCCCGGAUUACUGGAUCGACGGCUCCAACAGGGAUGCUCUGAGCGAUUUCUUCGAGGUGGAGUCGGAGCUGGGACGGGGUGCUACAUCAAUUGUGUACAGAUGCAAACAGAAGGGGACCCAGAAGCCCUUUGCUCUCAAAGUGUUAAAGAAAACAGUGGACAAGAAAAUUGUAAGAACUGAGAUAGGAGUUCUUCUUCGCCUCUCACAUCCAAACAUUAUAAAACUUAAGGAAAUAUUCGAAACCCCUACAGAAAUCAGCCUGGUCCUAGAACUCGUCACAGGAGGAGAGUUAUUUGACAGGAUUGUGGAAAAGGGGUAUUAUAGUGAGCGAGAUGCUGCAGAUGCUGUUAAACAAAUCCUGGAGGCAGUCGCUUACUUACAUGAAAAUGGGAUCGUCCAUCGUGAUCUCAAACCCGAGAAUCUUCUGUAUGCGACCCCGGCCCCAGAUGCACCACUUAAAAUCGCUGAUUUUGGACUCUCUAAAAUUGUGGAACACCAAGUACUCAUGAAGACAGUGUGUGGAACCCCAGGGUACUGCGCACCUGAAAUUCUUAGAGGCUGUGCCUAUGGACCUGAGGUGGACAUGUGGUCUGUAGGAAUAAUCACCUACAUUUUACUUUGUGGGUUUGAACCAUUCUAUGAUGAAAGAGGUGAUCAGUUCAUGUUCAGGAGAAUUCUGAAUUGUGAAUAUUACUUUAUCUCCCCCUGGUGGGAUGAAGUAUCUCUAAACGCCAAGGACUUGGUCAGAAAAUUAAUUGUUUUGGACCCUAAGAAACGGCUGACGACCUUUCAAGCUCUCCAGCAUCCAUGGGUGACAGGUAAAGCAGCCAAUUUUGUACACAUGGAUACUGCUCAAAAGAAGCUCCAAGAAUUCAACGCUCGGCGCAAGCUGAAGGCAGCAGUGAAGGCAGUAGUGGCCUCCUCCCGACUGGGAAGUGCCAGCAGCAGUCACAGCAGCAUCCAGGAGAGUCAGAAGUCUGGCCAAGAACCAUCGCCAACCCAAGAGUGCAAUGAGGACAUCAGAGCUAUUCCACAAGAAGAGAAUAUUCAAGGAGAUGGGGUCCACAUGAUAGUUGAAGCCACAGAGGCUAAGCUGAUAGAGGAGGUAAAAGAUGCAGAUAUAAAUGCUGAAGAGGCCCCCAAGAUGGUGCCUGAUGGGAUAAAGGUGGCUGAUCUGGCGAGAGAGAAGGGCGGAGUGGAGAAGCUGAAGCCUAUGGAGGAAGCAGCAGACCCCAAAGAGGAGCAGGAAAUCCCUACCAUGGGACUUGGACUUUCACAACAACAUGUGAUCCUGCCAGACUACUAAAUCGGCUUUCUUCAGAUCUGGAGGCCAAACUCUAGCAUUUUACGUACUUUGUCUUUCAGCAAGGAAGGUGUGGAAGCAUGAUAAGCCCUCUAGUGAUUCUGUUUUUGAGGUGCAAAAAAAUACAUAUAUGCCAGUUGGUAACUCUAUGUCAAUGCAUGUGACUGCUUUAUGAAAAUAAUUGUGUUUUCUAUGGCAUGUAAUGGAUACCUAAUACCAGCGAGUUAAAUUGAACUUGCAAGUAACACAACACUUAAAAACAUACAUUUUUCAGCAAUCAGUGGCACACAUUUGAAGUAAAUAAUAGCAAAUUGGUUUUUCAUUGAAAAUCAAGCCAUCUUACAUCCUCUGGGUUUAAGGCAGUAACCCCUUUGAACUACUGCUCAGCUAAUACCAGGUAGUGCUACAAGACAUGUUCCCAUGACUUUCCCAAUAUUUACUUUUCAUCAUUAAUGUGUUCAAACUGUUUACAAGCAUAUGAUAGGUGAUAGUUGUACAAUAUGUGCAAAAAAAUUUCAUUUAAAAUGGUAAGAAAUAUUCACAAGGGUCGUGAAUCCCAUAUGCCUCAAAAGCUUAUGUGGAAAAUGCCUUUUUAUUUUAUUCUUUCUUACAUAUGUAAUGAUAAUAAAAAUGUUCUCCCGUAAAAUUCUACCAUUUUAUACUCCUGAAGAAAGUAUUUUACAGACUCAUGCUGAGGUUCACUCUUCCCCUUCACCUGCUAUCCAGUAAGAUGCCCUUCAAAUGGACAAAAUAUAGGGAAGAAUAUAAAGACAUUUAGGGAAGAAAAGGAGAUAAAAAUGGGACUUAGGCUAACAAAGAUAAGAUUGAUUCCUUUUCAUUUUCCAGGAAUAAUUAUGUUUAUUUGUGAAUGUAUACAACCUUAUAGAUAAUAAUAUUGUGUGAAUUAACUACAAAAACAAGCUUUAAAUAUUUUUUAAAAAUCUAUUCCACAGUUUGAUGCCAAAAUGUCUGAAGAGAGUGAGAAUAACAUGUUCCGUUAUCAGAUUGUUCAUUAUUAUAAAGAAACAUUAUUGUUGACAAAAGCUUUUCCCCUCCUUUAGUUGAAGAUUAUUUAGAUAUCCUGUUUAUGGAUUUAAAAAUAACUAUAAAAAGCUAGUGUAUCUUUUGCUUAUACCACAUUUUGCAAUGUAGUUUUGAAAUUUUCCAUGUCAAAAAUUUUAGCACAAUGUAAAUUUGUAUUGACCUUAAAAAACAAAAAGAAAAAAAACCCCACCAAUUUUAAAUCAGACUCUUAAAAAGCUGAAACAUUAGACCUAAUGUAUUAUUAUGAUUUAUUUCCAGAAUAAAUAUUUUUCUUUAACUUCCAUAGGAACAUUUUUCCUUCAUAGAAAUUACACUAAGUCCAAGCAUCACAAAUUUAUUUCUAGUUUGAGCUGAAAUAAACAUUUAAUCAAAAUAAUUAUGUAUAAUAUUUUGGUGGAGUUUUUUUAAUUUAAAAAAAGAAUUAUUUUCAAAGUCCAAAAUGAAGGCAAUAAAAAAAAUCACCAGAUUAUAAAAAUCUUCAUGGAAUAAACAGAUCUUAAAUUAUUUUGACUCUUCCUCAAAAUUAUUAAAUUGGAAAAUAAAAUUAAAUCUUUGGUUUUUAGAGAGUAUUAGAUCUCAUUAUACACACAUUCUGCUUUCUGGGCACAAAUUCUCAUGAAAAGAAAACAAGGUAGACCAGUUUGUAUUCCAUAGUUCAGGCUCUGUCAGGUCACUGGUUUGCAGAGAAAAACCCUUAAGUAGCGUAUCAUCUAAGGUCAGAUGACUGUUUGGGGUUUUGAUUUACUUUUAUUAGUUAAUAGUGCUUAUGCUAUUCUUUCCUCUUUCCUUCCUUUUUCUUUUAAUUAGACCCUCUCAGAAUUCUCUUUUGACUUUUAUAAAGGACACACUAUUUUUAAGCUUCAUAAAUUUCCUGUUUAUUAAGCAUUAAAAUUUCCAUUUAAGAAGAAGAGCAAUUUCCUGGUGUAAUUUUCCUUGAGAAACUUAACAGAUAUACAUAUAAAAUAUCCCAUAUAGUAUUAGAGCAAGGAAGAAAGGAAAAGGAGCUUUCUUGGAAAGUGGCAUUUAGUUGAAAUAUCAGAACACAUCAUCACUCCAAGCUCACCUUAUAUUGUUCCAAGGGCAGAUGUAAUUUCAUUCCAACCCUCGGACUGACCUUAUUGAUUGGCUCUGUGGACUAUAGGAACAGCCUUACAAAUGCCACAGCCAAAAUGUAGUUUAGCACUUACCUACCUAAAUGAUUGCAUAUGACCAUUCAUUGGUGAGUACUCAAGAGUGUUAGGAUAAUUGCUAUAAACUGCAUUAUUAAUCAAUGGGAGUUUUAAAUUUUGACUCCUAUGUAAAAGAUUAUUUCCUGAUAAUCCCCACAUACUAAUGUAGUCAUUUCAGUUGGAAACAUGUCAAGUUUUCAGAAAAAUGAUCAUUUCUAUCAAAUCAAAGUUUUUAUAGAAAUACAUUCUACGUUAGAUAAUUAUGUUACCAUUUUUGAAAAAAGAGUCAACAUUUUUAUUACUUAUUAGAGGGGCUAGGGAUUUAGCUCAGUGGUUUCGCCGCCUGCUGCGCAAGCGCAAGGACCCGAGUUCGAUCCCCGGUACCUAAAAAAAAAAAAAAAAAGCUAAAAAAAAUAUAUAUUACUUAUUAAAACCUGGAUAUAUUAUCUCAAAGAUUACUUAGCCAAAUAAGGAUAGACAAAUAGACUUAAUUUGAAAAACUUCGUUACACUAAUCUUAAUUGACAAUGUCACAAAGCAAUACAUUUUGCAUUUUAGAGCUAACAAGUAUCACAUUAACAGUAUUACAGUAUUGGUUUAUAUUUUAAGAAGUUCAGAUAUACCGUAUAAACUUGAUUCUUUUACCAUGAAGGGCAAUUUUGAAUUAUUUUCCCCAUUAAAAAUAUUUGAUUGUAAUCUCACUAGUUUUUCUCAAAACUGUUAAGAGCUCAUUUGUUCCAGGGACAAAAAGAGUGCUGAAAUUAAAAUAAAAUGGUUGUAGAAGUUAUUGUCUAAAAGAAGUACUAUCUAAUAUAAUGUAAUGUAAGCCUAAUAUGCAAUUUUAAAUUUCAUUAGCCACAUUUUUAAAAGUAAAAAGCUUAAAUUAAUUAUAAUGUAUUUAAUCUAAUAUAUCCAAAUUAUGGUUAUAAAUAUAGUCAUUAUUAAAAAUGAGACUUUGAAUUAUUUUUAUACCAAGUUUUCAAAAUUAGAAGUGUAUAUAAUACCUUUGAUCUAUCCAUUAGUCAAUAGCCACAUGUAGCUAGUGGCUCCUAUAUUAGACAGUAUAGGUCUAGAGUACAUUUUAUUUUAAGCAAAGUUACAUUUGAAUUUCAGUUCUUAGAUCUGAGCUGCUUCAGUUUUCCACACUGCAGAGUUGGUGAGAAGCAAACAAAUGUUUCAGAAAUAUUGUAGAGUGAAAUAAAUAAAAUCUAUUGGCUAUUGCUAUCCAUUCAUGUGCCUCAGAGAAGUAUUUCCCAGCAUGACUUCAAAGAACAACACCUUCCUGCACUGUUAAAUUGUCUAUGACUACAGUCCCUCUGUCCCCUUUUUAAGCCCUCGCAUAGUGACUACAGUCUACAGUCUGCGUAGAGCCAUAAAGUCAGUAAUAUUCUUACUUACUAAAAUCUACUAUGGGCCAGUCACAUGUCCCCAUUGAGAAAAGACUACAAACAGGAUCCAGAUUUUAUUUCCUAGAUUAACAGGACACCAUCUCUAUGCCACAGGCAACAUGUCUUUCUAGAAAUUACUGAAAUAUACAAAUAUGCAUGAUGAAGAUUAUAUGAUGAUGGUGAUAUUAUGCCACUUACCUCGAAAAUAAGACUAUAACCAUUGGCAAGUUUUAGAUUUCCUUGGAAGGGUUUAAUCAACACUGCCAUUACACAUGGAUUUAAAAAAAGACUUUUGGAAUUUUUUUACAUACUGAUUUUAGAAUAAGCAUCAAGGUUCUAUAGACAUUUUCAGUGGUAAACUUAAAAACAAAAGAAUAGUUUGCCUUUUACUGUGACCUCAAUUACAUAGUAUUUUAACAUAUUUUGUAAUUUAGAAUGUUUACCAAUGCCUAGUUCCAGUUUCACAUGCAAGGUAACUGAUCAUGGUUUGUCUACAAGCUGACGAUUUAAAGGGAGACAUUUUGUUUUAUAAUUCAGUUUUUAUUGUACAGAAGCAGCUGUUGUAUUUCAAAUUGGAAAAGGAAAAGUAGAUGCUAGAAAAGGCAAAGGAUAAAAUUGGUAAAUCAUUUAUUCUGGUUUAGGAUAGUCCUUGCAGAGCCAAUUAAAAAGAAAAAAAAAAAGAAGUCAACAAAGUGAAUUAGCACCAGGUUAUUCCUGAAGGUUGACUCCAUAUAUAAUUGACAGAUACACAGAGCAGAGUCAGUUACAUAAUUACAAUGUCAUUGUGUAAUUUUCUUGUCAUUGUAAAGUAUUCAGUCUGGUUGUGCAGUUCUAUUUAAUGGAAAUUUCCAGACAUUUAUUUAUUUGAUAGAUUUUAUAAUAUCUUUGUAAUUAGUGCCUAUUAGGACAUAUUCUAAUUUCUUUAAUGUUCAUUACUAAUAUGUUUCUGAUCAGGGUCAUUGACAACAUUUGAGCAUUUGAGUAGUUGGAUGCUACUUAAUGAUUAGACUGUGUGUCUGCAAAGUUUUUUGAAAAACUCUUUAUGCACAUGUAAUUUCAAUAAUGAUUAUAAUAUUCAUACUACAUAAUACACAGAAAUAUACACAAUACUUUUCUGAAAUAUAUUUUUUAACAUCCUUUCAAUCCACUGAUACAUUCAGGGUGAAUUUCCAGCUUUUGACAGAUGGAAAAAGAAAGUGAGAAAUCUGAAUGAUACUAGAUUUCCUCUUUCUGUAUUUUGACCUGUUAAGGGCAACUUUUUGUCAUUAUUACUUCUUGUGGGUAUUAUUUGAGAUCCUAUAAUGUAAUCUCAGCCCAAUAAUUUUAUACUUAUCUUGAUUGUGUUUGGUUAAAAUUUUUAAAAUAUUUGUCAUAAAUACUUAUGAUGUACUCAAGGUGGCUUGAUUGCAUAAUUUUAGCUUCCUGUAGAGUCUCAGUCUGCUCCCUGUCAUCUGGCCCAGAGACCCACUUAGAUCAAGAUAGAAGCCUCCUCAUCAAGGAAGGGCAUCUAACAAAUUCACAAGAAUCAGACAUUGCUGUAGAGAAGAGUCCAAGGAUACAACCUGGCUGGGCUCAAAUUAGCCAAGUAGGGGAAAACUUCUUCCCAUGUUCUGAUUAAAAAAUUGAAAGUGAUGUUUGAAUAUUGGCGUAUUCCCACUGGCCAAUAAUGCAAAAAUGAGAUUCCACCAAUUGUUUUCUUUUUUCUUGUCUUGAUUUGCUACUAUGUGUCCCAAAUCAUAAUUUUAGUUCAUCUCUAUGGCUCAGGCUAGUACUGUGAGGUCCUCUAAAGCCUUGACAGGAGCAUCCCAGACUAGCAGGAGAAGCAUGGGAUUCUUACUGGACCAGAAUUUAGUUUAAAAGUCUUGCUGCAAAAUCAUUCUGUGCUUGUUAAUAGUUGCUUUCAGUGUAUUUUAAAGAUUGACCUGGAAAACCCAUGGAUAUGAAAUAUUUGUAUCAGACAGGAUCUUUGCUGUGAUCAUGUGAAAAUGACAAAUAUUUAAUCUUCAGUCAGACUGAAUAAUCUUUAUUUUCCAUAUAAAGGAUUAUUUCAAGUUACUCAAAUACAACAGAUGCUACAUUAGAGUUUAUGAAAGCUGUUGUUUUCCCUGGCUCUCUCUCAACCUUGACAAUCAGUUCUGAAUGAUAAAAAUGUGCUAGAUUUGACUUUUCUUGGUCCUUUGCCUGAUACAAGGAUAAUAUUUAAUCUGUUUUACAAAGCAUACAAUUAAGUAUGAACAUAAAUUGAAAACUAUCAUCUCAUAAUUGCCCCCCUUUAACCUGACCUAUUUUAUAUGCCUGCAAUAUAGCUAUAGUAGCAUAGAUCACAAACAGUACAUUCAUGAUUUAUUAAUUUUUUCUAUUCAUAGCACCCUUCAUCUCAGUAAUGUUUUCAUGGUCAUCUGUAAAUCAAAAGAGUGUUCUAACAUGUCCAUUUAUUAUGCAAUUAGGUCAAAAUGGCAUCAUAAUAGUGUUUUAUUCCAUAUCUGAUAAAUGUUGGUUUGUUCUUCAAGAUUUUAAAAUGUUCUAUAAGUUCAGUGAGUGGGAAUCAGUGAGUGAGAACAGUUGAUUUAGUGGUUUAAGUAAUUCUUUAUGCCCAAUUACCUUAGGAUACAGACAAAAAGGAUCAUUAAUAAGAGGGGCUAAUGUUAACAUUUAUUUUUGCUUGAAUAUCAAUCAUGCUUGCCUAAUUGUUUUUUUGAGAUAUACAUAGGAAACAAAUGUGGAUUUUCUUAAAAAAAGUAAUUCUCACAUAAUUUACCAUGGAAUGAAAUUUAAAUCUCCAAAGGACAGGUUUUAGGAGUCAGCCAAAUAAUAGUUCACAGAGCAAAUUGCCAGUGGCCCCUUUUUAUUGGAACACCCACUGCCAAACUAAUUUAUGUAUUGUUUGUGUUCAGGUUGCCAGGGGAAAGUUGAGUAACUUUCAGUGGCAGCUAUAGCAAGCCACACCUAAAAUGUUUACCUAGCCCUUCACAGCAAAAAAAAAAGGAUCCCAGUUUUUUAUGGAACUUCAUGUUUUUUGAUAACUUCUAGGAAUACAUAUUUCCACAGUACAGGGGCUUUGUUUUUCCCUUUGUUUAAGGUCCUUUUUUCCAUUGUUUCUGAGAAAGUUAGGUGACUUUUCUCUUAUGUUGCAGAGAUCUCAAAACAAAAUUGUGAUAAAGAUACAAGAGCGAAAUUUCCCUGCAAAACUAAAAAUUCAAAAUUGUGUCAUUCCUGAAAAAAGAAAUUUAGAGUACAAAUUGAGUUGGUUGAGAGUGGAAAAUUAAGCUUUCUAGUAUUUUGAAUGGGUUUUAGAAAUUUGAUCUUUAUAUUUUAAAAUCAUAUAAAUGACACAAUACACUAGUAUUUGCCUGCAUUUAACUCAAUCUGAAGCUGUUGCUUAGUAAGCUAAGAAAUGACAGUCCUUUGGUUAUGUAUCUCUCAAAAUAUUCUGAAGUAAUUUAUAUUAAUCAGAUUUUCAUUAUUAUAUGGUAUUCUAUGAGACAAUGACUUGCUCAUCAGUAAUUCAGGAAUAGGGAAACAGCCAGUUCUUCUAUAUAAGAAAGAUACUUCCCAAUGCCCACGCUUUUCUGGGUGUUCUAUAUUUCAUUUCUUUGAAAAGAAAGGGCAUUCUUGCUGAAAAGAGUAAAUGCUUUCAUCUACUUUUCUUACAUAUUUAGAAAUCCAAGAAGGACCUUUUCUUAGUUUAUUUCUGUCAUAGAGAAAUUACUCAUUCCAAAAUAUCUGCCUUCGGGGAAGCAGGUGACCUGGAUACUGAAAGUUUGGCAUUCAUGACUCUUGUCUUUCAGUUUGACUUUCAACGUAUGUAACCAAAAACUGGCAAAUGAAGUAUUGACUAGAAAACCAAAUAUCAACAUUUUAUUAGGAAUAAGUAAAACUGUAGGAUGACUCUAAGUAAAAUAUUCUUUAAAAUAUUUCAGCAAUUGAUAAUAUCAUCUAGCCAUUAGGAUAUAUUAUAGAACUCAGAACUCACUGACCAGUUCAUCAUGGUUGAUACAUUGAUAUGAGAGACAUGGAUAAUAUUUAAUCUGUUUUGUAAAGGAUGCAAUUAAGUGUGACCAUAAAUUGAAAACUAUCAUCUGCUAAUUACCUACCUAUCUUAUAGUAGAAUCAGAGAGGGAAAGAUGAAAAUAUAGAUUAGAAGUCUACAUCCUCACCUACUCAUCUGGGUUGCUCAGAGUCUGAAAGCUGUCACUGAUGUACUUAAAUAUCUUAGAAAUGAGUAGACCAAAGUUAAUAAGUAGUUUUCUUCCCCAAAAUUAAACAGCAUACUUUAGGGGAUAUUGAGCCUCCACCAAAAACACAUUUUAUGGAAAUGGUACGCCAGUUUUGAAGCUCCUCAAAAAGAGCCCAUUUUAGGAACUCAUUUUCCUGGUAAAGUUUCCAGAAAAACUUUUACAUGUAAUGGAGGAGUCAGAGCUGAACAGUGCUAGCCUCCAAGAGUGGUCUUUUUAGUUAGAAGGAAAAGACAGGUACACAUAUGCCUAUGCUAAUUCUAGGUAAGGGUAAGCCCUCCAGGGAUGGAAAGAAGGAAAUCCUCCUUUCUGCCAGGAAUGAUUGAGGAAAGCUUCAUAGAAAGUCAGAUUGAGUUGAAGGUGGGGAGAAUCAUUGUAGAUAAGGAGAAAAGAGCCAUGUCGGGGAAGGACUGGCCUGAGCACAGACGGAGUUGUGGAAGGCUUCAUGAAGAAAUGUAGGGCAAAGUAGUAGAAGAACAGCUAUGGUAUGAAAGGCUGAAAUCCACAGAGAAGUGUCGCCAAGUCUGCAUCAGUCUCAAAUCUUGUGCAAAAUGAAUUAGAUUCCUUGCUCCAUUAUUGUUCUGGGUAGACAAAGGCACAGCCUUUCCUCAGAGCAUCUAGCCCUCCAUACUGGGGUAAUCUGGGAAGCCUCUAGGUACAAUAAAAAUCACCAAACACAUCAAAGGCGAUUUUUGCAAAUCACUAAAGCCCAGCACUGAAAAUAAAAACUCCACUGGCUGGGUAUUCAUUGACAAAAUAAGGUAAACUAUGGAAGUGAUUAUCUGUGUAAGUUUUUCAAACUACCAGUUUCUAAAAAUUCUCUUUCUCCACCCAGAAAAUCACCUACUUGCUAAAGCUUUGCUAGUGGAGGCGCAAGUCAAGGUUACUGUUGGCUUUAUUUCAAAUCUUUUAAAUUAUUUGACCUGAAAAGGCAAUUCCCACAGGACCUGAAAUAGAAAUCUCCCUGAAAGUUGACAUCAAAUAACAAUUUACAGGAAGCAAUGUCUCAAACAACAAAAUUUGAAUGAUCUGAACUGCUUUGUCCCCAAAUAUCAGUCUUAUUCUAUGAAGUUGUUUCUUCAUCCUUCUUUUAUUCAAUUUACAUGCUCUUUUAUAUCAGUCAUUGCAGGCAAUAUUUUCACCCCCAUCUGCAAAGAACUUUAAAAAAAUUACCAACUAGGAUCAGAUUGCAGUUUGAAUACUUAUAGUUGUCUUGCAACUUUGCUUCUUUCUGAUAUCUGUGAUUAAUGAAUGGCUGCAUCAUUCCACAGGACAACUGAAAUAAAGACAGAUGGGGACAAAAAUUGACUAUCCUCUCAGUGAUGGAAGAGAAGCUAAAAAGUAGAGAUACUGUUAGGGUAUAAAAAACAUAGGUUAGCAAGUGCAGAGAAAGGUAAACUUCAAAAAAGGAGUUUUGGGGCUCGUGUGACAUUAUUUUGUAUGUCUUUUCUAUUUUUUCCUAGAUGUAAAAUUGGUAUACCUGGGUUGCCAAGAGCUUUCUUGACUAAAGGGUCAUAAGGACCUCAGUAGCAGCCUGUGGGAUUAAAUUAAUGGAAUACCAUCACAUACAGGGAACUUACAUCUCCAGUAAUUAGACUACACACCAUUAAACAAAAUCAAGAGGCUGCAGGAUUUAGAGGACAAAGUAUAAUAUACAAAUUUACAGAAAGAUUGUAAGUUACCUUCCCAACUUCUAAUUUAAAAGCACUGGAAAAGAAUUUGUGAACGUUUCAUUUUUAAAACUCGUCAAAAUGGUGCUAUUGACUCCUUAAUACAAAGAUAUAUUACAAUAUUUUAGGUAAGUAUAUUGUCUAGCCUGGCCAUAAAUGUAAAUAUAGAAAACAUUUGUAGAGACUUCAUCAAAAUCAUGCCCAUUUGCUUUUUGAGCUGCCAUAUUCUUCUGGUAACUGUGGUGCCUGACCAGAGAGUUCUCACUUUCUACAGAGGAGAUGAGGCAGCCACUGGCUCUCCCAGUUACCCAAAGCUGGGCCGAUGAUAUAGGAACUCACUGUUGCUUCUCCUUGGAUUUAUGUUGGACAAUCUAAUUCAGUGAUUAAAUGUGUUCAUUUGGAGGGAAAGGAUGCUUUCUGGGAAUUUAAAGUAAGAUUUUGUGAUAUGAGCCAAAACGGACAUUGGUAGACUAAUUGUAGAAAUUUACCAUAGUGAGUGACUUCACUCAGACUGUUGCAGUAUGCCAAAAGAAGCCUAUACCUUGCUACUGAGAUAUUUGUAAAGCAAUCUGCAUGUACAGUAUGAUAAUAAACCAUCUAAAAGUCCACCAAAA